AUGAAGGAGCUUGUUCUUUUCAGCUAUACACCUAUAUCGGAUCCAGAUGCUAAGGGAUACUUCGAUUUAUUGAUUAAGGUGUAUCCAGAAGGUAAAAUGAGUCAGCAUUUUGCUAGCUUAAAACCAGGGGAUUUCGUAGAAGUGAAAGGGCCUAUUGAAAAGCUCAGAUACAAUCCCAAUAUGAAAAAACAUAUUGGCAUGAUUGCAGGAGGCUCUGGCAUCACUCCAAUGCUUCAGAUAAUUGAUGCUAUCCUUAAAAACCCUGAUGAUAAUACCCAGGUUACAUUGCUGUAUGCUAAUGUAUCUCCUGAUGACAUACUUCUCAAAAAGAAGCUAGAUGUACUUGCAGCUAAACACCCAAACUUGAAGGUAUUCUACACUGUUGAUAAUCCAACAAAAGAUUGGCAAGGAGGUACGGGUUACAUAUCAAAUGACAUGGUAAAGAAAGGAUUGCCUGGCCCUGGUGACGAUACACUUAUUCUCGUAUGUUUUCUCUGCUAUGCAUAGAUUCUCAUCUUCUCG